GCUGUCAAUCACAAACAAAACAAAUAAACACAAAUCUGGAUUUCGCAUUUCAUUUUGCUUUUUGUAUGAUAACAAUAAACAAUACAAAAAAUGUCUUCUUUAAUUACUUAUAAUGGAAUUCAGAAGCGAUUCGAUGUCUUAAAUUUGAUCAAACAUAACGUCAUUGACUCUGCAUCUUCAUUUCUUACGGAUGAAGUCAAAACAUCAGCUGAAAUUAUUAUGGAAAAUAUACACUCCACCAUAACCCAAAUAGUUUCAAAAGUAAUUUCAAAUGAAAUCAUAGCGGAAACAUUUCAAGAAGACUCUGAUGGAUAUCAGACAAUUAUGGCAAUAUACGAAUUCGACGAACGUCUUUUCGAACAAGUUAUUGGAAAAGUUUUUGACGACAUUGCUGAAGAUGAUCAUUUCCGAAAAAUUAUUAAAUCUUUGGAAAAAUUACAAAACACUAGGGUUAAGGUAGCAACAUUUUGUAAAUUAUAUUCCUAUAGAUUCCGUAUUUAUGACACGAGUAUUAAUCUGGGUCACUUUGCAAAUGUUGUAAAAGUUUUGUUAAAAGACGAUAAUUUGAAGCCAAUGGAAGCAGAGGAACUAAAGAAAGUAUUGAAAAGUUUGGAAGAAAUUACUUAUUCGCACCUCUUAGCUUCAUCGAUAGCCAGCAGUUUAGAAUAUGAUUACUAAAUGUAACCCACAAAGGCCCAUUUGAUGAAACGAAACUUAUAUAUUUAUGUUCAACCUAAAUACUUAUGUUCUACUUUUUGCUCUACGUUAAAUGUCAUUUAAGAGCUCGUGUUAUACUUAAGCUGCUUAGGUUUCGUUUCAGCAAAUGGCCCUUAGAUACACAAACCAACUCAACACGAGUAAGUUAGACUUCAAGUGCAAAAAUAAAGUUAUGUUUUGACUGCAAUGUGCCUUUACGUUUUAACAGCAGCUUAGGACUUUUUAUUUUGUUAAAUUAAAACCGAAAUUCGAAAAAAAAAAUCAACACCAAAGAACCAUUAUCAAUAAAUAUACUAUUACAUUUUGUAAUC